UUACCAGAGGGUACACGCAUGUGCUACAGGGAGGGGCAAGCACUUUAUAUAUAUAGACACUUAACUGAACAGGCUGCAAUGGAGAGGCAGAAAGGAACUCUAUUACAGUCGGAAUUUGAAUUAGUCAAAUUUGCAACAGGAAAACACAAAAUAAACAGCAAGUAACAACAUAAUGGGGGAAGGAAGUAUUCAAGGCAAUAUGGCACCUACAGUGGGAUCCAUUUUGAGGAUUAAAAGUGAAUGCAUCCGAGUGAUUCUGGCAGAGACCCUCUGCACGUUAAUCAUGAUGAUAUUUGGUCUCGGCUCUGUCGCCCAGGUAGUCACAGGAAGUGGGGUAUUUGGAGAGUACCUCAGCAUAAAUGUGGGGUUUGGGCUGGCCGUAGCUAUGGGCGUGCACAUUGGUGGAAAAGUGUCAGGAGCUCAUAUGAAUGCAGCUGUUUCAUUCACAAUGUGUGUGUUUGGCCAUUUGCGCUGGAAAAUGCUCCCAUUAUAUGUCCUUGCCCAGUUUAUGGGUUCCUUCCUUGCCGCUGGGACUAUCUUUUCACUUUACUACGAUGCUAUACAUCAUUACUGUGGGGGCAAUUUUACUGUGUCUGGCCCCAAAGCAACAGCUGGGAUUUUUGCAACAUAUCCAGCCCCUUACAUCUCAAUCUACACUGGAUUCUUCGAUCAGGUUCUGGGCACUGCCAUGCUGCUGCUGUGUCUGAUGGCAUUUGCAGAUCAAAGAAAUCAGCCAGUUGUUCAUGGAGGUGAACCUGUGGGUGUCGGGCUCCUGGUGCUUCUGAUCGGAAUAUCUCUGGGGAGCAACAGUGGCUAUGCCAUCAAUCCCACACGAGACCUGGGGCCAAGAGUCUUUACACUGUUGGCAGGUUGGGGCCCUGAGGUGUUUAGGGCAGGCAAUGGCUGGUGGUGGGUACCUCUGGUGGCACCCUUAUUUGGAGGAGUGAUAGGGGCUUUAAUCUACAAAGCUUUUGUAGAGCUACAUCACCCUGAUCGCAGUGACAUAAAGAAACAAUCCAUAAGGGAUCCUGAAUGUGUUCCUCUGGAUCAGCGCAAGAAUAUCAGUACAGAGAUAUGCAUGUGAGAGUUCAGUCUUCACAGAUCAAGAAUGGAAUAGGGACCAAAGAAGGGAAGUGUCUCUGUCACAGUGCAGUCAGGCUGUUUCCAGACCAAAUAUGAGACAGGCCAAUAUGGAUGAGAAUAUGUGUAUGACAGGCUUCUGGAUGUCUUAUGAAUGGUUCAUUUAAGCCAUAGAGAACCUUGAUCCCUCUGAGCUAUAGAGGAAUAAGCUACUGAAGAAUCUCAGGGCAUCAGUUAAGUGUCCAAAAGAUAAGUUUUGUAAGUAAGAAUCUUUUCCAUACAUUGACAGUUCAAUAGUGACCACAACUGACAAGCUCCAAAAAGACACAACAAAAGUACAAUUAAAGUAUCAUAACCUGUAUUUCUUUACGAUACAUGCGAGAACCAAUGCCAUUUGGCAUUAAUGAUUUUUUUAAAAUAUAAAUGUGGACAAAGAAAUUUCAGAGCUUUGACAUGGGUAAAACAAUUGUUUGGCUUCAGAAGACUUGGAAUAUAGUACAUGAAUCGUAUGGACAACAUUAAUGGUGCAUUUAUGGUGUGUUUGUGAAAGAGCAGUGUGAACAUUAAUCAAAAAUUCUACUUUUGUGUUCCUCCACAGAAAAAAACUGCAUUGAUAUGAGAGUGAAUAAAUAAUGACCAUA